GGAAUAGAAGAAAGGAUACAGUGUAUUUAAGUAAUUCAGUUUCUAAAUUUCUCUUUGACACUGAAUUAAAUUAAAAUGACUAUAAAAAUUGAGAGCCAGUGCUAGAAUUCAGGACUUAAAUCAGGCUGGUACCUGGACUGAUGUGAGCAGGGAUCCGCACAGGAUGAAGGAAGCUAAUAACAGCAGAGAAGGGACAAGGAGACAGAAAAUGGAGGAUGGAAGGUAAGAGAGGAAAAUCAGACAGUGCAUCCACUGACACCCAGACAGUCCUGUUAAACCUCAUACUGUAGGUCCACUCCCUGAAUCAUCACUUUUCUGGUUAUUAAAUGUGUUUCAAGCAGGGUCAUCUUUAAAUGAGGCCGUGUGUGUUUUGUGUGCAUAAGGCAGGUUGGGUCCUUUAGCUCCUCUCCUUCACCGCUGCCUUUAUUUCACCCGCAGUUCUUUUACUUUUUGCUUCCUUUUCGUUGGCUUCUCACUCAACACCUUUUAACUUCCAUCCUCUUCUCCUCAUCGCUCCUUUCCUGUCGUCCUUUCCACUUUUUUCCUUUUAUCCUCACUUCACUCCCAGAUGGAAAUGAGACCUUUACAGAGAGGCACAGAGAAAAAAAAAAUCACAGUGAAAUAGCAAGAGAGGGAUCACUGAAUUUUCCCCACUUAACCAUGCAUAUGAUCAUCCAGGCCCAUUACCCAGCGACGGUGAGGGUGUGUGUGCAGCAUGAGCACAUUUAAAUAUUUACUGCUCUCAGAGGAGUGUGAAGUGUGUCAACAGGGCCAAGCAUCCACGGAGAGACGGAGAGAAACCACACACACACACACACACACACACACACACACACACACACACACACACACACACACACACACCCACACACACACACACGCACACACACACACACACACACACCCUCCCAGCACCAGAGCUCUACAAGUAAACACUGCAGCCAGCUGACAGAAGCGAUCAAGAUCAAGUCCACGAGGAGAAACACGGGAGAACCGGAGGAUGGAAAACAGACCUGCGGGAGAAAAUUGGGAUGCUGAUGUAAAAAUUUAGUUUGCUCUCGCUUCACAUACACAAACAUCAACAUGGGUCAAUUGCUGUCGUCAGAAGACGAGGCUUCUCAGGUGAAGGAUGCGGUGGGUUCGCUCCUCUACGAUGCCAUGAAGGAGGGCGGGGCUGUACCUGAGCUGGGCGUGGUCCACCCGUUCCUUCUGGCCAAUCACGAUGAGAGCUCCGACUCUCAGGCCCGCCUCAAAGAACACCUGCAGCAGCUGCAGGGCGACAUUGGGAACAGAGCACCCACGUACCUGAAGGAUCUGAUUAACCGGCUGACGACCUUCUCGGAUGAGCCCCGCUUAGCUGGACUAGUGGGAUUAGUGGUCACCAUGGUGAUUGAUAUGGCAUACACCUCAAAAUCGCGGGUGAAAGGAAAGACAUCAGGCUCAUCAUGUCAGCAGAGGAUGUGGGAGCUGCAGGAGGUGAUGGAGGAAUACCUGAAGCGCUGCAGGAUCAACCUGAGUGAUAAAAGUAAGCUGAUCCAGGACUGCGUCCGACUUGAGGCCCAGGUCAGCCUCACCCUUACUCAGCUGAAGACCUGUCUGCUCGUGGGAGACUGUGACUCCAGGUCUCUGAGGCACUGGGCCAGCGGAGCCUCGUUUCACACCCAGAUGCUGCUUCACCUGGCUGGUCUUGAGGGGCAGGUUGAGCCACUGGCUGCAAGAGCAGCACUGGAGCAAUACAAGGAAGACCUCACACAGAUCGUACCCGCGUACAGACGCUACAAGGCCAAUACAGUGAGCGUGGUGAAAUGUCGAGGGGGCCCCCUCGCACCCCCCUCCAGCGAGGUGCCGGAGAACGGGGCCAUGACGGGACUCACCGUGACGGACAGGGAGACUGGGAGGAGUGUGACCAUCCCUCUCUGUGUCCUGGAGACGGGGACAGGAAGAACACUAGGAGCGUCGGGGACUGACGACAGCCCCGUGUCGUCCUCCAUCAACCCAGACCUGAUCUCCUCGGAUCAGUACCUCCAGGCGUACCUCGACCAUCUGUUCUCCAGUCAGGGGCCCGUGGCAGAGCUGCAGAACUACUUUAAUAAGAGCAGUGACUACAUGAGAAGCCUAAUCGUUCCACCACAAGGCAAAAACAAGAGAGGGCUGAUAACUUCAGCAGAACAAAGCCAUAAAGACCCUUUGAAAGAUCAGGCAGAGGCAAUAUGUGGAGAACAAACAGUGGACAGAGCAAAAGGCGAUGAGCAGGGUGAGAUGGAAAAGAGGUUGGAGUCCAAUCGCAGGGAAGAAAGUUUGAAACUGAGUGUUGUGGAGACGCGGCCAGAGGAAACAAGCAGUCCUCACCAUGUGCCAAGAACGUGAGAGCAACAAGUGCUCAACAUGGAGGAUGAGGAACAGAUAGAGAGUUUAUGAUGAAGCUAAAGCAAAAAACUGACACGUGUGCUAAUGUCUGCUGCCUGAGAGGCUUCGGCUUGUUAGCAAUGAAUAAUGAGUGAUGAUCAUUUCUUUGUGCCAAUAAAAAAGGAGGUGGAGGAAAAUGAAUCUAAGGACGACUAUGUGCAAAUCAAAUUCAUUUUCCUUAGAGAUAAGUCUAUAUUUGUGUACGGCUGACAGGCCACUUGACGAUGAAUUAUGAGGUCUGUCGUAUCCAUGGCGAAGCGUGUUUCUAUGGUUACUGAUUGCUGCUGCAACGGAUAUUUCUAUGCGUGUCAGCCUUAAAGUGUAAAAUCUGUUCUCUGUCCGGACCGUCUUUAGCUGUAAACAGGGUCCAACUUUGUCCCGGUGCGUGAAGGACCGCGGCUCAAACGGACGCUCUGCUCUGAACCACGCGCACAGGAGAA